AUUUCCCAGAGCGCGCGACUGAGACUGAGGGGGACAGCGUUGUGUUCGAGGCCACUCAGCUCCGGCCCUGCCCCUGAGCAGCUUCCAGGCUUGGGGUGACGGAACUGCUACGGACGCCCCCCCCACCCCCCGGCCACGUGCAGUGGGAUUAAGGCUGGGGAAAGGGACGACGGGCUGGGAGAGCGGGAGGGCUUCUUGGAGGAGGCGGCGUUGCGCUCCGUCUAUUCUUUCUUACUUUCACAUCCAAGCAAUCAGGUUCAACAAGGGGCUGAGCUGGAGUUGUUCAGGGGAGAGAGAAUGACCCAGGAGGGAGGCACAUCAGCCCACUUCCCAGAUGAGUAAAACUGAGGCCCAGAAAGCGCAUUCCCUCAGCUGCACAGCACUUGGUCCUCAGUCAGCACUUGGAGGGGGUGCUGUUUAUUUCUCAGCGGCACAGCCUUCCUUUCCUCACCUGAAAGGCAGGCUUUGGAGCCUGCUGAGGGAUGCCCAAGAAGUUCCAGGGCGAGAACACCAAGUCUGCAGCGGCCCGGGCACGGAGGGCUGAGGCCAAGGCGGCCGCUGAUGCCCGGAAGCAGAAGGAGCUGGAGGAUGCCUUCUGGAAGGAUGAGGACAAACACGUCAUGAGGAAGGAGCAGCGCAAGGAGGAGAAGGAGAAGCGGCGCCUGGAGCAGCUGGAGCGAAAGAGGGAGACCCAGCGCCUGCUGGAGGAGGAGGAUUUGAAGCUCAAGGGUGGCAAGGCCCCCCGGGUGGCCGUGCCCAACAAGGUCACCCGUGCUCAAAUUGAGGAGACCCUCCGCCGAGACCAUCAGAACAAGGAAGCCCCAGAACCAGCUGAGAAAGCCAAGAGCCACUUGGAGGUUCCUCUGGAGGAAAAUGUGAACCGCCGAGUGCUGGAGGAGGGCAGCGUGGAGGCGCGCACCAUUGAGGAUGCCAUCGCGGUGCUCAGUGUGGCAGAGGAGGCGGGAGACAGGCACCCCGAGCGCCGCAUGCGAGCAGCCUUCACCGCCUUUGAGGAGGUGCAGCUGCCCCGGCUCAAGCAAGAAAAUCCCAACAUGCGGCUGUCGCAGCUGAAGCAGCUGCUCAAGAAGGAGUGGCUGCGCUCACCAGACAACCCCAUGAACCAGCGGGCUGUGCCUUUCAACACUCCCAAGUGAGCCCCAGACUGGGGGAGCCGCUCGAUGGCCGGUCCGGGUUGUGACCCCGCACACCUUGGUUGGUCAGCUCCAAGGGUUACAGAGAGGGUGAGGGUUACAGAGAGGUCCGGGAACCGAGGCUUGUAUCCUGGGAGCUAAGUGGCAUCAUUGGCUGCGCCUCCCACUGAGGGUCCCUGCUCCAAGUGACAGCCACCCCCUUCCUGCGUGCAGUACAGGGCUAAGUGCCCAAUAAAGGCGGUCUGU